AUGACUGGUUCCAAAUCAACAACGACGACGACAGAAUCCGAUGAGGUCCUCCCGAAAACGGUUAGUCACAUAAUUUCCAACACUUUAUCUCCAGAAAAUACACUUGUUUUAGGCCAACGACAAAGAAGCGUUCGCGCGUCUUCUCUGGCUCAACCAAUGCUACGAAGCAAUGCCGUCGAGCUCAAAAAUGGUCGUGUUCGACCAGGGACUUUUGAUGCACAAGGCAUUUAACGGAUUGCUGGCGCAAAGUACACGUCACGUGCUGCUAUCUGAUCCGGAUUUGGGCGGAAAACUCGACGGAAUUCUCAGCGUCACCGAUUUCAUAAAAGUGAUGCUCAAGAUUUACAGGUAAGCAAUGCGUGACGAGACUCAUACGGCGAAAGUCGCAAAAGAGAGAGAGAGAGAGGAAGUAGAGCGUGAUUAUUAGUUGCACUGUCGUGUUCAAUAAACUCAAGUGUCAUGCUCAAGCAGUUCCAGAGAGAAGGCCAAGAGCGAUGGGAAAGCGGAAGCGGCGGCCGAGCUCGACAUGACUCAGAUAGCUAAUGAGGAGAUUGGAAACAUGACCAUCCGUCAGUACCGCGGUGAGUUCUCACGCAGCUCUCGGACCGUAAACCAAUUCCUUUUUAGAGAUUCUCGCCAGGGAGGGAAAUCUGCGAGCACUGGUCUCGGUGGACGCUAGCGCCAGCCUCCUCGACGCUGCCUGCAUCCUGACCCAACAUCGUGUGCAUCGUCUUCCAGUCAUCGAUCCACUCGACGGAUCCGCACUCUUCAUCCUCACCCACAAACGCAUUUUGAAGUUCUUGUGGCUCUUCGGGAAACAUUUGCCGCCGCUCGAGUACAUUCACAAGACCCCGAAGGAGCUGGGCAUCGGAACGUGGAGCGGAAUCCGUGUCGUCUUCCCGGACACGCAACUCGUCGAUUGUCUGGACAUUCUGCUGAACAAGGGGGUCUCCGGGUUGCCGGUCGUUGAGAGGGAGACAUUCAAGUGAGUACUCCAAUUUGAUUCGAGUAAAUCUAAUUUGAUAACUUCAGAGUGGUCGACAUGUACUCGCGCUUUGACGCCGUCGGAAUAGCUCUCGAAAAUCGUCUGGACAUCACUGUCAAGGAGGCGCUCGCCUUCAAAUCUCAGGGCGGACCCCUGAAGGUUCGCAUCAAAAAACCUGUUUAUUUUCUCUUCCUUUUUGCCACGUGAACAGCUCAUCCAAAGAACGCGAAGAUGGGAAAGUUGUUUGGCUAGACAGUCAGACAAAAAAGAUUUGUCAAUACAAUACGAUCCGCAACCAGAGAGAUCUUUGUUCGUGGGACGUCACGUGGCGCCACACUGGUACCGUUUUGCAAUUCCGAAAUUUGCAUUUUGCGCUGCGCUGUUGAAUUGGAAUGGAAAUGAUUGGGAUGAUUGAACUGAGACUAAAGGGACUGAAUUAUAUUUUCGUUUUUUUCCAGAGUGACGAGCGAGUCGUCUCGGUGCGUGACAACGAAAGCUUCUGGAAAGCGAUCAACGUGCUCGUGGAUCACAAUGUUCAUCGUCUGUGCGCCGUCAACGAGCAAGGAGGAAUCGAGGGAGUCAUCUCGCUCUCUGACGUCAUAAACUUCAUGGUCGUCGAUCCGGGAAGUCAUUUGCGCGACAUGGCGCCGCCCAAGAAGCACUGGACUCGUCAGCACACUGGCGAUAUGAACGACAAGGUACAGAAAGACAUCCAUAAUAACAUUUUGAGACUUGCACCGGGCCGGGCCGGUCGUGUUCAAAUGAAAUGUAUCCGCUCAGAUUCAAACCGGAAGUCAAACAGUUUGAAAAAUGUUUGAAAAAAACGUCGAUAGUUCAGCGUUUUUAAUCGAAAAGUGGCUUACAAGCCUGAUCUAUAAAAAGCUUUACGAAUUGUUGUUUUUUUUUAAAUGUUUUGAAUUCUGGGCCGGGCUGAGAUUUUGCACAUAUGAAGAGGUUAUUUUCAGGAACUCCGCGAGAUCCUCCUCAAUAAUACGGCCAAUUUCGAGCAAGAGUCGAAUGCGAGCAGCAGCGCAUCCGGAUCUGGAAGCAAUCUCGGAGGAGCUAGUGGUGCUGGACCCAGCGGACCGAGCGGAGCCGGCGGCUCGUCAAGCAACCAGAACAGCUACCAUGGACAUCGUUAA